GAUCCCCUUACCUUGUCUAUUUUCAAGAACAAUAUUUGGCAAAGGGGCCUUUUCGGCCUUGGUAGUCGCCCAGACUGGUGUUGAAAUAUUCCCACUGGGACAUGCUGUCUUCCCACCAUACGGGUCACAGCUGCAAGAAACACAUCUACAUUGUAGAUCACUGACACUACCCGCCAAGAGGCAUGGAAAUGAAAGAAGGAGGAGAACAGGGCACAUCUACCGCUCCAAAGUCGUCCGGAACAUUGUGGAAUACUGUGUCAUUUUGGCGUGUGGUCUCGGGGCUAUUGUUUCUGGUGUGCAUUGCGCUCGCAGUGGCGCUAGGCGUGGUCUCGGGAAAAGGAGGGCAUGGCGCCGAAGAGGGAGGAUCGGGAAUGCCGGUGGUUGGUGACGGCCAGGGAGGAACUAUCGGCCCGUGUCCGACCGGGAUGGCUACAGAGGCGGUUGACGAGGACUCCCCGGCCCUGUACGACGAUCUGACCGCCGAGGAACUGAGGGCGGUACGGGAGUAUCUCCUGGGACAGUCGGGCCUUGAUAUCACACCAUGGGAAGAGGCUUCCAUCAACGAUAACUACAUCUACGGAAUGGAGCUUCAUCUUCCACUCAAGGCCGAAGCGUUAGCGUACCUGGACAAUAACGGCCCCCGGCCGGAGAGACAAGCCCUAGUGACGGUGUACGGUGGCGGCAGGACGCAGCCCGUGGUGGAACAAUACGUGGUCGGGCCCCUCCCCGACCCAACCCGCCACGAGACAUACGCACCGCCCGGUAGGAAGAACCCCAUCCCGUGGCACGCCCGUGCUCCGGAGACAAAAGAGUACGCCCUGCUCAUACCGAUGCUGACACAGGCAACGAAGGAAACUGACAGAAUCCUCAAGGAAAGUUUCGGAUACACAUACUACAACUGCAGUUCCCGGUGUCUGACGCUAGGUGACACUGCACCACGGGGGUUCACUAGCGGGGAGAGGAGGACCUGGUUCCGCUUCAUGAGAAACCUGGAGGGCAAGUUUCUGCAUCCGGUGGGGUUCAUGAUACAGAUAAACCACCUCAACAUGGACCCUGCCCAGUGGCGUAUAGAGAGAGUCUUCUAUAACGGACAGUACUUCGAGUCCACGGCGGAGCUGGUUCGAAGUUAUGACGACGGCACAGCGCGGAAAGCACAGCUUCCAGUCCUCGCUGGUGACGAGGCUCUCUUCUCGUCUUUCCGCCGCCGGGGCGACCCACAACCCUCCCGGCCACUCCGAGCGCCUGAGCUGAUAGAGCCCGAUGGUCGGCGGUACAAGGUACAGGGGCGCCAUGUGGAGUACAUGGGGUGGAGUUUUAACUGGAGGCUGAGCACCACGCAGGGACUACAACUGUACGACAUACGGAUGAAGAACGAGCGCGUGGUGUACGAGCUGGGUCUCCAGGACGCAGGCACGUGGUACUCCGGGACCGACCCGCUCAUGCUUGCCGCGCUGUACGUCGACAACGCCUGGCCCGUAGCGGGCUCCUUCGAGCUCCUUCCCGGUAUAGACUGUCCCAAGACGGCGACGUUCUUCGACGCGCUACACCAGCAAGACAUCGGCAAGCCGCGCCGCUUCAGAAACGCCGUCUGCGCCUUCGAACUGGACACUGGGAUACCCCUCCGCCGCCAUUUUGAUUCCGACGACGCCGGCGGCUAUACCUUUUAUGGUGGCAUGGCUGAUCACGUGCUCGUCUUACGUCACAUCAACGUGGUCUACAACUACGACUUUGUCUACGACUACAUAUUCCACCAGAAUGGAGUACUAGAGGUCAAAGUGAGCUUGACGGGAUAUCUCCAACCCACAUUCUACACACAAGACCAGGAUCCGUACGGCUACCGAAUGUGGGCCAAUCAGAUCGGAAACCAUCACCAACACUUCUUCAACUACAAGGUGGAUCUAGAUGUUGUCAACGUCCAAAAUAGGUUCGAGACAGUGGACAUCCUGUUGGAGAACAUCACCAACCCUGAGCGGCCGGAACUGCGCCACAUCCAGACCCGCAUCCAGCGGAGCCUCAGAACUACCGAGAAGGAAGCCGCCGUGCAGUACGACUUUAACAGGCCCAAGUACUACAACUUCUACAGCGAAGAACAAAAAAACCGGUUUGACGCCCACCGCGGGUACCGUCUCCAACUGAACGGGAUUGCUAAGAGCCUGUUACCCCGGGGAGAGUGGGCACCCGUCAACGGCGCGGCGUGGAUGGACUACCAGGUGGCCGUCACCCGUCGGAAGGACUCCGAGCCCAGCAGCUCCUCCAUCUUCAACCAGAACGACCUGUACGACCCCGUGGUCAACUUCCAGUCCUUCAUCGACGACGACGAGAACAUCGUGGACGAGGACCUGGUGGCGUGGGUCACCCUGGCGGCGCACCACCUCCCCCACUCCGAGGACUACCCCGUCACCGCCACGGCAGGGAACCAGCUGCAGUUCUUCAUCCGACCCUUUCACUUCUACGACGAGGACCCCUCGGUGGCCUCGUCUAACGCCGUCCGCAUCACCCCGAGUGACGACUUUCGGUCGGCUACCGUCGACAGGUUCGGCACACCGGAAAUGACGUCAUGCUUUCCGAGGACAAGCCCUGUCUCAUUUAAUGGCACGUGGCGCGAAGUCUAACAGGAACACUAUGUAUGCCUUGUAU